UAUUUAGCACGAGACGGAGCACUUGUAUUAAAAGGAAUGGGAGAGAUUGGAACACCAAAUAUGGCGGAUGUAGAACUAGAAGUCCCGCCUUACAGGUAAAAGAGCCAAUCAGCUUUUAGAUACAGAAAAUAUCUCCCACGGAGCGUUCCCAAGAUGGCUGCUGAAUGAACUGAAUUAUUUUGAAAGGCACUUUGCUCAAAACCAUGGGUGAAUCUCAAUUCAAAGAACGCGGAGAACGGACUUGUGUUCUUAUUAAGACCAGUCUUGCCAAGCAUCCUUGGAAGAAUGAACUCGGAAGGACAGGAGGAUGUAGAAGAACGCAGCUAUUGCGAGCUUUGAGAUAUGCUGCGAUCUUCCUGUUGCUUAACCGUCACAGCACAUUUGCACAAAUGUUUUUAUUUAUUUAUUUAUUUAUUUAUUUAUUUUUGACGGAAUAUAAAGACUCUUACGAGCCAUCAGACUUUCGCGAGCUUACAGAAGGAAACUCUUGAGGAAAACAAAACGAUAAAUGUCCUUCGUCUGCCACCGUAGUACCGAGUUCUUGCCCACAAGUCAUCAUCCGAUGCAUACUCGAUUUGAAGGACACAUCCUGAUAAUUUCCUGUGUUCUCGGUACUUGCAUUCUUGAGGAUUGGAAUCGAACUUCUGCAGUGGAUGAUGACGUAGAACGAGUCCACGAGAACAAAGAUCACAAAAGAUUCACCCCAUAUACGCUUAAGGCUUGUUUGGGAAUCCAGAUAGUUAUGUGUGUGAUAUAUGGGAUCUUUCUUAUCACUACAACUUUUGAAGAUUAUAGAAUGCCUGGGUAUGAUGCAUGCUGGCUACACGACAGCAAUGUGAACUACGAAGAAACAAAUGAAACAAGCAACACAUGUCUGCUUUUAAUGAAUGGAUUUUAUAAUCUGUAUUCAUUAGAUCAACUAAUGGAGGCAGCUCAGAUUGCUCUCUCUGUCACACUAGCUGCAUACUGCUGCAAGGUCAUUCAGAGCUGCUCGCCCAGUUCACAAGUGCCUGUCAUCGUUAUGAAGUCACCCACAGUUCCACACUGAAAGAGAGAGUGCAUCUAUAAAGACUAUUUGUCACAAGACAUAACCUAAUCUAAUAUUACUAAUAAAACUUAAUCUUUGAACACAUAAUACACACUAAUACACUUUAUCAUAGUCAAACAUAAUGCGUACUACUAUUAAUGUAUUAAGAACAUGAAAACACCAACACAAAGACCACAUUAAAGUUUGUCUUUUAACUUAAUUUGACUUAACACAAAUAUAAAAAUGAAAAUUCUGCCAUCAUUUAUUCACACUCAUAUUGUUCCAAACUCGUAUUACUUAAUUUCUACUGUAAAAAAAAAAAGAAAGAAAAAAAAAAAUUAAAGAAUGUGGAUGCUGCUCUUUCCCAUUCAAGGAAACCAUAUAGUGAGGCUGUCAAGCUGAGUGAUGACAGAAUUUUCGUAUCUGGUUGAACUCAGUGUCUUUAGUGACCCGGGACCUCAUUCCACACCCUGUGCCUCAUCCAUUUUUUUGGAGUUGUGCCCACAUUCUUUAGUAUUCCUCAAUCUCUCCCUUAUAAAUAGUGUAACACAAAAAAAUACCAAAAUUGAAAAAAAUAAAUAACAUGUAUAUAAGUUUAAGUACCAAAAGUGUAUAGGGUCAUUAUCGACCCUAGACAUGUUUUUUUUUUUUUUUUGCACUUCCAUAAAUUAUAUUUUUAUGAUUAUUUCAUAUCUAUAUAAGUUUAUCACGAUAUCUAUUUCUUUGUUUAUUACAAGAGGAAUGAGUACUAUAUUCAUACAAAUAAAUACUAUAUCACAUUGAUUUUCUGUGCAACAAUGGUGAAUUAUCAGUAUUCUAUUUGCGUGUACACAUACAGUACUGAGCAAAAGUUUUAGGCACUUGUGAAAAUGUUGCAUAGUGAGGAUGUCUUCAAAAAUAAUGGCAUAAAUAGUUUUCAUUUAUCACUUAAUGUCAUAAAAAGUCCAGUAAACAUAAAAAAGCUAAAUCAAUAUUCAGUGUGACCACCUUUGCCUUUAAAACAGCACCAGUUCUCCUAGGUACACCUGGACACAUUUUUUCUUGGUUGUUGGCAGAUAGGAUGUACCAAGCUUCUUGGAGAAUUCACCACAGUUCUUCUAUCUGUUUAGGCUGUCUCAAUUACUUCUGUCUCUUUAUGUAAUCUCAGACUGACACGAUGUUCAUGACAUCUGUUGCAGGGCUCCCUGUUCUUCUAUUCUAAUCUUUUCUAUUUGCAAAAGUAAUGUUUGGGAGUCUAACAUUUAUAUUGCCUAUUGACACACUAAAGCUGAAGAUAUAAAUAACCAUCUUAAGACAAAUGCUUUUGUGAAACAUCUUAUGUGCCUAAGACUUUUACACAGUACCGUACAUAUUAUAAAUGCUAUUUCUUACUCAAGGUGGCACUGUUGUCUCAGUGAUUGACUUGAUUUACAUUUGACAUUGCUAUUUGAUGAAGAAACAACAUGGAAGUAAACUAUAGCAGGUACACAUGAACAGUAUGAUUUGACUAUUGUCAUUUGGGUGUACUUCUGAAAUUGUGCAUCUAUUUAGAGAAAAUACAUAUGUGUAGCUGAUAUGUUGCUUAUGUGUAACUUAUGUAUAUCUUAUGUGUUAUGAGUAGCUUAAAUUUGUGUUUGACAGCCAGUUGCAUCUCAUGAAAUUUCAGUGUGAAAGUAAUGAAUCCUGUUCUAGCUUUGUCCUGAUUUGUUGCAUUAUCUCUUUCAUAUGAAAAAUAAAACAUAAAAAAUCUAUUUUA